CAGUCUCUCCGUUGUACAGAAAGUUGCUGCUUCCUUCCCCUAUCAGAAUCUGUUGUUGUGGAGCGUCUGAUCUUUUGAGCCCUGCAUUUACCCAUAAUGAGCCCCCACGCUGAGUUCCCUACCAGCUCGUCUGGCAAUCCGACACCAGCUGCACAGAGAGCUUUCGCUGGGUUCACAAAUGGUCUGGAGGAGAGCGACUUUCCCGCAUUUGAGAACCGAUCGAACCUGCGAUAUACCCCGGAAGAUGAGCUGCACGAUUUGAUCUGCGUAGGCUUUGGACCUGCAUCUCUGGCCAUCGGUGUUGCGAUCCACGAUGCGCUCGAAGGAACGGAUCCUUCGCUUCAAGACGUCGAAGGUCUGCAGAGCCGGCCACCAAAGGUUGCGUUCCUGGAGAAGCAGUCGCAGUUCGCAUGGCAUGCAGGCAUGCUUUUGCCUGGCGCAAAGAUGCAGAUCACAUUCAUGAAGGACAUGGCAACCAUGAGGAAUCCACGUAGCGAGUUCACAUUCAUCAACUACCUGCACCAGAAGAACCGCCUGGUCGAGUUCGCCAACUUGAACACUUUCCUCCCCGCACGUGUCGAGUACGAAGACUACAUGAAGUGGUGUGCAAGCUGGUUUGAGGAGGUCGUUUCGUACUCUCAGGAGGUUAUCAAGGUCAACCCUCUGAAGUCCGCCAGUGGCGAGAUUACCACCUUCGAGGUCGUUUCCAAGAACCACGUAACAAACAAGAUCGAGACACGGAGAACAAAGCACGUAGUCAUCGCUGCAGGUGGAAGACCAAACAUCACCGCACCGUUCCCCCAGGACCACCCCAAGGUUGUUCACUCCUCGAAGUUCUCCUACAUCUCCAAGCAGAUUCUCAAGGACCACCAAGCACCCUACAAGGUCGCAGUCGUCGGCAACGGCCAGAGCGCAGCAGAGAUCUUUGACUUCCUGCACGCAAACUAUCCUAACUCCGAGACACGCCUACUGAUCAAGGGCGGAGCGCUGCGACCCAGUGACGACUCACCAUUCGUUAAUGAAAUCUUUAACCCCUCGCGCACCGAAGUUACAUACAACCGCGACCCCACCCUCCGCGCCCAAACCCUCACCGAAGACAAGGGCACAAACUAUGGCGUCGUACGCAUCAACCUCCUUGAACAUAUCUACGAGACCCUCUAUCUACAACGCAUUAGGUACGGUAAUUCGCGCGAAGCCGAGGAGCAAUGGCCACACAACAUCCUGCCCUACCGCAGGGUCACGGCCGUCGAAGAUAGCCCCAUUAUUAAGGACGGAAUCCGCUUGCACGUUCGCGACCAGAGCCCGCUGUACUUCAGUGAGGUGCCUGGCGCAGGCGAGGAGAAGCAGAUUCUCGAUGUUGAUGCGGUGUUCGUUGCUACCGGGUAUCUGAGGAACCUGCACGAGACACUGCUGAAGGACGCUAGACAUCUCAUGCCUGGCGGCGAUCUGAGAGAUGCGAAGUGGACGGUGCAGAGGGAUUACAGGGUGAACUUUGAGAACAAGGCAGUCAGCAAAGAUGCUGGUGUCUGGCUGCAGGGUUGUUGUGAGACGACGCACGGUUUGAGCGAUACCCUUCUUUCUGUUCUUGCAAGCCGUGGUGGAGAGAUGGUCAGGGCUAUCUUCGAGAAGGCACCCAAGUGGGACAACACUGAUGUCCUUGGCGGGUUCCAGGCUCCAAAGCUCUAAGCCACCCUUCUGAACACCUUUGGAUUCCUGGCGUCUUUGGCGCACUUCCUUUCUGAG